CCACAGUUCAACCGGCGCGUACUUCCAAACAGCACACGCGAUCAUGGACGAGUUCUUCAUGCGGCAUGAUGUGUACAAAGAUCGCGAUGCUGACGAGCUUGGCGGCAAGGUGCAUUCCGACUCGGAAGCUAGCGACGACGAAGAGUCGCUCCCUGCGUCUGCACACGAUCCUUUCGGGCCUUGGCAAGAGCAACAGGAUGUGUCCAAGCAAGGGAAACGCAGGCAGUUCAAAAAGUCGUCGUUCACAGGUCCCAAGGGCGUUCUCACCGACUACAAAGCGUACAAGAAAGCCAAGGCCGCGGAACGCACGCAGGACGCCGCGGUGCGGGAGGCGGUGCUGAACCGCAUUGCCAAGGGAUACGUGGUACCUGCUGCCGCUCCUGCUUCUACCAGUGAAUCGUCAUCAUGUUGCAACAACGUACACGACAGCGACGACGACUUGCUCGACGAGUUCGAAUCCGACGCCUUCCUCCAAACGUACUGCGCGAAACGCGUGACCGAAAUCCAAUCCGCCGUGACCCUUGGCGGGCCCACGUUUGGCGCACUAACGUACUGCUCGGCGUUUGAUUUCGUCGACAUUGUGGACGCCGCCGACCAUCGUACUCGUGUGGUGGUGCACAUGUCCGACGAGGUACAUAAGCGCAAGAAGAAUGCAUCCCCCAUGUCCCUGUUAUGUGACGGUCACGUGUACAGCAAAAUUACUUGUGCGUGGCCGUAAACAACUGCUUGCACAAGCUAAGCCCCGAGCACCCUCGAACCCAGUUCCUCGUGGUCCAGCGGCACGACGCCGACGCCACCAUCCGGCUGGACGAGGUGCCGCUCUUUCUCGUGUACCAAGGCGGCGUCCAGGUCGACACGAUCUUGAACGUCGCUGCCAAAGUCAACCACCAAGUCACCGUCGACCGGUUGGCGCUCGUGCUGCACAAGUACCUUUGAAACUAGCUUAUUUGAAUAACUACUAUGAACUAGAAUGUACUAAAUAGUAUACUACUAGUAUGUACUACUAGUCCAGGGAACCCUCAACGAAACUCGCGGUCGGGAACGAGAUACGGCGCCACGAGGGUCCACAUGUAGACGGCAAUACUCACCCAUUGCGACGUGAUGUGCACCCACAUCGCCGCGCCAUCCGCGUGCCUACAGACACACCCCCAUGUUGAUAGUGGAUAGGACGAGAUUGCAGCUGCAUGAUGAUGUUGAUAUGGACAGACAGAGAGAGG